AUGAAACCCAGUCUACCCCGGAGCUCAGCCCCCUUCGUCUUCACUGUGAUUCUCUCCUUCGGUGUCCAUUUCCCAACCAUCUGGUGCCAAGAAACCCAGCGACCAUUUGAUAUUUGUGGCGAAUCGGUCAAUUGUGGAGCAAUUACAGUAGAGUACCCAUUUUGGGGGUUAAAUCGUCCGGCAUACUGCGGCCACCCUGGUUUUCAGCUAAUCUGCCCAUCGAAUGUUCCCCUACUCAAUUACGAAUCAGUAAACUACCGAGUUUUGCGUUCGGAUACCAGUACACAGACGAUCACCAUCGCUAGAAACGAUCUCCGGGAAAGCAUUUGCCCUCGAUUUCUAUACAACACCUCCUACAACUCGACGCUGUUCAACGGCGACAAUUUUGACCGGCGGAAUGUGUCUUUGUACUACAAUUGCAAUACUAGUAGUACAGUGAUACCUUUGAGCGCUAAUUACAGAUUUAACUGUAAUGUGAAUGAGAGCCAAAGUGACGGUUAUUUCAUAACAACUGAUCAGCUAAUCCCCAGCGUGGCUAAUUUCUUGGAUCAGUGUCAAAAUCGCAUCCAUGUACCGGUGAAUCAAUCUUCAGCAGAUCGAUUAGCGACAGCGAUUGCUACAACAGAUGAUCUGAGGUCAGGUUUGACGGCCGGUUUCCAGCUACAGUGGACGGCGAAUAACAAUGAAUGUGAUCGGUGUAUUCGGUCGGAUGGUCAAUGUGGGUCAAACUCAGCGUCGCCUGAUUUGUUUGCUUGCUACUGUGCUAAUGGAAAUUUCUCGUUAACUUGUAACAAUUCGGAUGGAGGUGGAGCUUUGUUCUUGACGUGGCCAUCGUCUUUAUCGUUUGGGAGGGAGGAGAGCGCUGCCACCUCCUGUAAAUCGACUUCACCGAAAACCACUUUGGAUUCCACCUCGAUCGACGACAUCAGAUCUACAACAAUGAGAUCUUCAAACAAGACCGACAAGAAGGGUUUCUAUAUCAAAACUCCAACAAAAUCAAAAAGAAAUGUUUCAACAUCCGGUGUAGGCAACAUUGGAGAAAGAGAGAGACGGUGGAGAGGAAAAAAGACAUACUGGAUAGAGAAUGGCAGUUAUGGUGGCGGUUUCCGACUGGUGUUGGUGUUUUUUUGA